GGGAACGGCCGCGGUGCCCGGACCCCAGGCGCCAGCCCGCCGCCUGCGCCUAUAUAGGGGCUGCACGGCCCACAGCACCACCGGGAGGGACGCUCGCCCACGCCAGCAUGGCCCCCAGCACAGUGGCCGUGGAGCUGCUCAGCCCCAAGGAAAAGAACCGACUGCGGAAGCCUGUGGUGGAGAAGAUGCGCCGCGACCGCAUCAACAGCAGCAUCGAACAGCUGAAGCUGCUGCUGGAGCAGGAGUUUGCGCGGCACCAGCCCAACUCCAAGCUGGAGAAGGCGGACAUCCUGGAGAUGGCCGUGAGCUACCUGAAGCACAGCAAAGCCUUUGCCACGGCCGCUGGCCCCAAGAGCCUGCACCGAGACUACAGUGAGGGCUACUCCUGGUGCCUGCAGGAAGCCGUGCAGUUCCUGACCCUGCAUGCCGCCAGCGACACCCAGAUGAAGCUGCUCUGCCACUUCCAGCGGCCCCCCUCGGCCCCCACUGUGCCUGCUAAGGAGGGCCCCAUGCCUGGCGCUGCACCCCUGCCUGCGCGCCCCUCCUCCAAAGUCUCCCCUGCUGCACGCCCUUCAGCCUGCGGCCUCUGGCGGCCCUGGUGACUUCCCUGCCACCCACUGCCACCACCACAGCUCAGGCCAAGCGGAUGCACCCUUCUCUGGAAGCCCCUUCCCAGGCCAGCAGGCUGGAGAACGCACCGCCUGCAGAGCCGUGGCGUUUGAGGACAAUCAGGGCCAUCUCCUGCCCAGCGUCUGACCCCGUGGGGUUGUUCUGUGUUUGCAUUUCAGCAAGUGACUUCUGGGAAGUCCCCAGCUGCGGGGUUCUAUGAUAUUUGUAGGGCCAGGGGCUGGACCUGCCGGCACCCAGGCCUGUAGAGGACUUUCUUCAAGGCCCGUCACUGCUGGGCACGCACCUGCAGGCGGGCAUGCGUGCCGUGGGCACAUUGCCUUUUGUGAAGGCGGAACUCCAGGUGUAUCUUCAUAGGAAGGUACUCAACCUGGGUACCGGCCCAGAGGCCCACGUGGGCUACAUGGGCGCUGGCUCGCUCUGGGCUGCUGGGGGAGGGUGGGACCUCCACUACGAUCCUUAAAGGAUUCCUCAGUGUGGGUGGGUGCGUGUGGGCACACUUUGUACUUAGAAUUUGAGCUCUCUGUCACGUGGGUGCCCACGGACUAUGAAGUCUUCUAAUAAAAUCCAACUGUCAACCCCUC